AUGCAUGAUCCUAGGGAGUCUCAUCUCAAGGCGUUUAAACGCAUUCUACGCUAUAUCAAAGGGACUAUUUGUCACGACAUUCAUAUUUACCGGUCCUCCGUCACUGGUCUUGUUGCUUAUUCCGAUGCUGAUUGGGCUGGUUGUCCGUCUACUCGCUGCUCGACCUCCGGUUAUUGUGUCUUUCUUGGUAACAAUCUGAUUUCUUGGUCUUCUAAGCGCCAGCACACGGUCUCUCGUUCAAAUUCUGAAGCCAAGUAUCGUGGCGUUGCCAAUGUUGUUUCUGAGGCUACUUGGUUACACACCCUUCUCUUGGAAAUGCAUAUUCCGUUGGAUCGCGCUACUAUUGUCUAUUGUGAUAAUGUGUUUGCCAUCUACUUGUCUUCAAAUCCGGUCCAACAUCAAUGGACCAAACAUGUCAAGAUUGAUAUUCAUUUUGUUAGGGAGAAGGUUUCACUUGGCCAUGUGGGUGUUCUACACGUCCCGUCGGCUCAGCAGUUUGCGGAUGUCUUCACCAAAGGGCUGUCGUCACCUCUGUUCCUCACUUUUCGGGGCAGCCUCAGCGUUCGUCAACCUCCCGCUUAG